GUUUUAUUAACACCAAUUUUCUUCCUUCCUAUAGUAUUAUUCUUACCUAGCCUAAUUUAAGUUCGCUGUUAAAAAUGAAAUGUCCAGCCAAAGAGUUAGAUGCAAGUGUUGUCAUGCCUGGUGACAUCAUAACAGAACAAGUAUUGGAUUUAAUCGGCAAAAAUGAAAGAGUAAAACUCGGACCUGGUCUUAGACAAGGGAAUGACAGUAUUGUCGUUUGUAAGUCUGGGAUUCUACGACACAAACAGCCUAGCAUGUUUUGGAUAGACAGUCAUCAGAAACGUUAUGUUCCAAUUAAGGGUGAAAACGUUUUGGGGGUUAUUGUUGGAAAAAUUGGUGAUGCUUACAAAGUAGACAUUGGAAGUAGCGACUAUGUCGUUCUUAAUAAUUUAUUUUUUGAGGGUGCUACGAAACGAAAUCGACCGAAUCUUGUAAAUGGAGAUAUAGUAUUUGGAAAACUAAUAUCUGCAAACAAAGACAUGGAGCCGGAAUUGAGUUGCAUUGAUCAAAGCUCAGGAAAAGCAAAUGGAAUGGGUCCUGUACCUUCUAAUGGAUUGUUGAUAACAGUUCCACUUAAUCUAGUUAGGAAAAUCUUAUCCCCUGAUUGUGUUUUGUUGCCAGAAAUGGGGAAAUAUUUUGGUUUUGAGACCCUAAUAGGAAUGAAUGGUAAAAUUCACCUAACAAGCCACAGUAAUAAACAUAUUAUUGCUAUAAUGAAUAUGAUAACAACAGCUGAAUAUAUGACAAAUGAACAAAUUCUAGAAUCACUAAGUUCAAAUACAGCAGACAACUGGCAAACUGCUUAAAUACUCGUUAACAAAAUGAGAAACGAGCCUUUUUCUACAAAGUAACUGGUGACAAUAAAGGAUGACAAUAAAUAAUGCUGAUUGAA